GGGUUUGGGCUCAAGCUUUGUGCACGCGCAAGGGUCUGUGCAUGGAAAGCGGAGCAACAGGGAGAAGAGACAGAGAGAGAGAGAGAGAGAAAGAGAGAAAGAGAGAGAUAAUUUACACAAGCAAUCGUUCAAAGUGGUGCGACCUGUGUUAUAUCUAACUGCUGUGGCUAGACUUGCCAUAUAUUCCUGAGGUAACAGUGUCAUGUCAUUGAAUAUUUAUGCGUGUUGUACAUCCCGGAAGAAGCGGUAAAAAAAACUCUUCGGGGGAACAGGUUGGAAUUCACUGACUAUUGGAAGACGCCUGGGGAGUGGAGGAGAGGAGAGAGAGAGAACAAACACCUAGACACUCUUCUGUUGGCGAGAGUGAAAGGAGUGUGGCAUUUCUUCCCUAUGGAGUGCAUGUAGUAAAGCCUAUCCGACCGGAUCGAAGAGGAGGAAUCAUUUCCAUAGACAAGGAACCGGGGGAAUAAACAUGGCUCCAACUACAUUGCACUUGUGCCUUUUGGCACUGUUUUUCCCGAUACAGACUGGCUACGGAUUUAACAUUGAUGUACGCUUUCCUGUAAUCAAAGAAGGCAAAACCAAAGGCAGUUUAUUUGGAUUUUCCGUCGCACAACACCAGCAGACGCAAAACUCGAAACGAUACCUGCUCCUGAUUGGGGCGCCCAAAGAGCUUGCUCAGCCGCAGCUGAAGAUGAAGGUGAAUGAGACGGGCGCCGUCUACUCCUGCCCCAUCAGCACAGACCCCACUGACUGCACCAGGCUGGACCUCGUCAGCACCACGGACUCCAGUGAGAUGGUGGAGGGCAUGUGGCUGGGCGUGACGGUGGCCAGCCAGAGACGAAUCAGAGAAGGACGCGUGCUGGCAUGUGGGCAUCGCUAUAUAAAGGUAGUGGGUGAUGGUCCGGAGGGGCAGCGGAGCAUGGUGGGCAAGUGCUUUGUGCGCGGAAACGACCUGACCUUUGACCCCUCCGACGAGUGGCAGACACACACGUACGAGGCGUGCAGCCCCUUCAACGUUGACCACGAGGGCCUGUGCAACAUGGGCAUCUCUGCGGGCAUGACUGACACCGACGUCUACAUGGGAGCCGUUGGCAGCUACACUUGGCAGGGAAACGUGCAUGUGACCUGGAGAGACCCCAACCCUUUGAACUCAUGGGACUCCGUCGACAAAGACUUCGGGCAGCUGGAUAAGAAAAGCUACAACUACAUGGGCUAUUCGGUGGUUGAGGAGACCAAACUGCUGAGUCGCACUGAGGACACAGUGGUGACAGGCGCACCCCGGGAGGCGGAAAAUGGCGCAGUGACACUGGCCAUGAAGGGCGACUCCAUGCUGGUUCCCGUGACAACCCUCAUUGGUGAGCAGCUGGGGUCAUACUUUGGCAGCAGCAUCGCCGUGACAGACCUCAACAACGACGACUGGGAAGACCUGAUCAUCGGAGCUCCAUUCUACUUCGAUCGCAAGGAGGAAAAGGGUGGAGCUGUGUACGUCUUCAUGAACGAGAACGGAAGCUUCCAGAAAAAAGCCAGCAUAGCACUACAUGGCAUCACCGGCUCGGCAUUCGGCAUGGCCGUGGCCGGCAUCGGGGAUGUCAAUCAAGAUGGCUUCCAGGACUUUGCUGUGGGGGCGCCCUUUGAAGGAUCUGGAAAGGUCUACAUAUGGAUGGGGAGUAUGAAGGGAAUCUCCUCCGAGCCUAGCCAGGUGAUUGAGGGGAAGGACGUGGACAGCAAAGGUUUCAGUACAUUUGGCUAUUCCCUGAGCGGAGGUCUGGACAUGGAUGAAAACAUGUACCCAGAUAUACUAGUGGGCUCCCUGGAUGACCGCAUUGCCCUACUGAGGGCACGGCCAGUGAUCCAUCUGUCCACAGACUUCUCUGUCGAGCCAAAGAUUGUUGACCCCAGCCAGUGUGGAGACCCUUGCAUAAAGGUGGAGAUCUGUUUCUCCUUCAUCCUCAGCAAUGGGAACAAGGACUUCAAGAGGGACAUCACUGUGAAGUACACUGUGGAGGCCGACGUCGGCCGGCGGAGCCCGCGGGUUCGUUUUCUCUCCAACCGGCAGGACACCUACACCGGACAGGUGUCCCUCUCCUCGCGCAUCUGUGAAGAGCUCGGACUCAGUGUGGACGAGCCUGUGGUGGACAAACUUCAGCCAGUGGUGUUCUCCCUGAACGUGUCCCUGCACGAGCAGAAGGCCAAGACCAGACGCACACUGCAGAACCUGGACGCAUUCCCCAUCCUGAGCAACAAGCAGAGCCUCACUGAGAAGACUGAGAUCAACUUCCAGAAAGACUGUGGAUCUGAUAACCGCUGCACCAGCAACCUGCAGCUGAAGGCCACAUGUGCCAGUGAGAAAUUCAUCCCUUUCCCAUGGGAUGGGAGCCAGCAGGUGAUGGAAUUCAACAGUAACGUGAAGAAGGUGGUGCUGAUGGUGGAGGUGACCAACCUGCCUGAGGCGGGCCGUGAGGCCGAGGACGCCCACCAGGCCACCCUCAACGUCACCUUCCCCCCAACCCUGCAGUACUCUGGCGUGCGCUCCCAGGAUAUUGAUAUUGAGUGUCAUGCAGAGGACUCCUUGACGUUUACCAUCUGUGAGCUUGGCAAUCCGUUAAAGAGUAACGAAAGGGUUGCAUUGCAGCUCAUUUUUGAGACAGCAGGCAUCAACCUCUUCACCGAGGAGAUCGAGUACCAGCUCCAGCUGGACACCUUGAGCUUUCAGGCGAAUUUGGAUCCAGUAGCUGUUCCCCUUCGGGUGGAAAACACAGUCCUCACUUCUUUCUCCAUAGAGCAGCCUGUCGUGCAGACGUACUUCAGUGGGACUGUGAUGGGAGAGUCGGCCAUGAACAGCAGCCGUGAUGUGGGCAGUCUGGUGGAGUACAAGUUCAAGGUUGGGGUUCUUGGAGAGCCCUUGGGGAACUUGGGAACCCUUGUGCUGGAGUUCGAGUGGCCGUACGAGGUGACCAAUGGCAAGUGGUUGCUCUAUCUGACGGAGAUCGUCACCAAGGGAACGUCAGAGACCCACUGUGUCCCACCCGGUGAGGUGGUGAACCUGCUCAACCUCACUGUCGCAGAGGAGCACACCAGACGCCAGAGGAGGGAUGCCCUGUUCAGUGAGCCCCCAGUGGAGGCUGCCGUCUCCAUAGUGACCGCUCGCAAGGAGACCCACCUGCUGGAGUGCUCCAAAGGCACCGCCCGCUGCGUGACCUUCUCCUGUCCCCUGCUCAACAUGUCCUCCUACGCAGAGGUCAUCGUCAGGUCGCGGAUCUGGAACAGCACUAUGCUGGAGGACUACAUGAAUGUGCUCCGGGUGAAAGUAAAGGGGGAGGUGACAUUAAACCUGGUGACAGAUAAACCCACCAUCAAGAUGGACAGUCAGAGUAGAGAGUUUCUGCUGAACAUCGACCCUGUUCUUGGGGAGGAGGUGCCAUACGAGGUUCCCUUCUGGAUCUUCAUCAUUGCGGGCGCAGCAGGAAUGCUUCUACUGAGCGUCAUCAUCUUCAUCCUCUGGAAGUGUGGCUUCUUCAAGAGGGCCGUCUACUACAGGAUAAUGCCAAAGUACAAAGGAGUGAAGAUCCGCAAGGAGGAACGCUACAAGUUUAAAGCCCUCCAGGCACAGGAGGUCCACAAGAAGCUCUGGGUCACCAGCUGGACGGAGACACCAACUUACUACUACUGACCUUUGACCUUUUGAACUCUAAAGCCCUCCUACCAAAUCCUGAGGAGGGGCGUGGCGAUGGUGGACGGAUAUUACAGUCCAUGCCCCCUCCUGGAAUGAGGGGGGCGGCACGUGAUUGGGUUUGCCUGCUGUCACUCAGAGACCCUGACCAAUUAGCCCUCCUCUCUUUCACACAUGGAUUUUUAGAGAUUUCAUCAGAUUGUUCAAUGGCAUUGUGCAAUAUCAACCUAUUCUGCUUUUUUGCUGCCCCAAUUUGUUUUUGCCAGAGCAGAGCAGAGCAAUGGCAAGUCAGAAGUCAGUUCAUUCUCCAUUUUAUGCUCUUCUCCGACGUUCAUUAUUGGAUUCUGAAACUGAUUAUCUGCCAACCAUCAAGAAAGACUUUUGCAUGUAGAUAUGUUGUUCUAAAUGCAUUCACCAGUGCCUAAUAUAGCAUUGAGAUUCAUUCAUUAUAUUUUUGCUUUUUUUUUUUUUUAAACGAAAUUAUGAAUCACAAACUGUGGACUGAUUGUUGUGUUCUUAUGAACUGUAGCUGAGGUGCCACCAUGGCUACAACGAGUGUUGUGAACUUUGGCAUUCAGAAAUCACUGAGUUAUCUAGUCUCUUCUACAAUCAUGCACUCAGGCACAUACAGGCAUACAACAUAGACAUAUGUUACCCCACCCCUUCCUCAAAAAUAAAAUAAAAAAUAUAUAAUAAAAGCAGGCUUAAAUAAGAUAAAGAUGUCCUCAGAGACAUCCUUUACUGGAUGUGAAUGGUGUUUCCUAUUGCCACUUCAGCACUGAGAUCCUUGCUUUCGUUGCUUAGCUCUGGUUGCUUAGCUCUGGUUGCUUAGAGCUGGUUGCUUAGCUCUGGUUGCUUAGAGCUUUUCUAUCUGUGAUGCGUUUUUCAGAGGUACUUGCUGCGGUUGACCCCUGAGUUGGCAUGUCCUACCAUAGAUAUAGAAAACAAGUGUUCCAAACCAUAUCAAUGCCAUGUAUCCUCUUUGCAGGCUUUACUUGCUCCAGCCAAUCACAGAAGGGUACAUGUAUGACAUAAUAAUGACCGAUCCAGGGGAAUCAGCUGUUAAAGGACCCCACUUGUGCUGUUCCUGAAUGUCAGUGAGUUUAAAGGGGUAUGGAAGAAGAUCCUCAAAUAACAUCUUUAAAGGUCAGAUUUAACCUGAUGCAUGAAACAUUAUCUGUGGAGGGGAAUCCUCUUUUGUAAAGAGUCAUAACACUGGAGUAAUUAAGGUGAAAACAUUUGUGAAAGCUGACCUAGAAAAACCUCUGUUGCUAUAAAUAUUUUCACGAUUUUUUUCCAGUGAUGUGUGCUAUGUUGCUAAGUAAUGCUAUGUUUGAGUGUCAAUUGUCUUCUAAUUUUUUUUUACCAUCUUCACAUUUUAUGCCCUUUCAAACUACAUGUACACCCACCUAUGCUCGCUGACCUCUCUACAGUCUAACACAGGAAUCACCACAGUCAUCCAAACACAAGGGGGCACUAGUCUGCAGUUCUGUGGGGGUGGGGGAGGGGUGGUGGUCAUGGGUUAUAGGGAAUAGGGGUAAGAUGCUUUUCUUCUCUCAAGAGAAUCGAAGCUAUCUAAUAGGUUCCAUUUUAUACCGUGUUGUUUCAAUGUCAAUAAAAAUGUUUUAAUGAAA